GUCUGGCUCUCGCGCGUGCCCACCUGGCUCUGGGAAGUCCUCUCCAACUUGCACGACGACGAGGAAGUCGAGAUCGGCACACUGACGACGUGGACGGAGGGCGGCGCGCAGAAGACGAAGCUCGCGCUGCACGACCUGCCGCGCUUCACUGAGCUGCCCAAGGAGUACAAGCUCAACACGCUCAACGCGACCCCGGGCAACACGUUCGUCUUCACCGAGCAGGACCACGGCUAUUACCCCGUCAAGUACGUCCACCCCGGCUGGUACAGAGCCCGGCCUAGAGCUGACAGCGCGGCCUCCGGUGGCCACCGCGGCGGCAAGCGGCCGCCUAUCACGAAGAACACGGUCCUCGCCGCGCGCGCCAGCCACGACGUGUCGCUCACGCCCAUCGAGACCGGAAAGGCAGACGCGUCGCUCUUCCUCCUGCGACAAACCGCCCGCGCCCAACAAGCGCGCAAGCAGCGCCUCGUCCUCGAGCCGAACAUCCAAGCGCUAUCGUCCAUAAUCGGGGGCGCCGCAAACCCAGCCACCAAAGCAGCCAUCAAGACCAACAUGCUCAACGCCACCAAGUCCGCCCGCUCCACCAAGACCUGCGACAAGUACGCCCGCAUCCCGCAGGAGGACCUGCUCGACCUGCUCGCCGCCAUGUUCGCGCAGUACCGGUACUGGUCCUUCGACGCGCUGCAGGAGCGCGCCAAGCAGCCUGAGCGCUACUUGCGCGAGACGCUGGCGCUCGUCGCUGUGCGCGUGAAUGCGGGACCCUGUGCGGGGACGUGGAUGUUGAAGGAGCAGGUGGAGGGCGCGAGGGAGGCGAUGGCACCUGAGCCGGAGUCCGACGAGGAUGAGGACACGGAUUGGAGCUUUAACGAGGAUGAGGAUGAUGAGGAA